AAUAAUCGACCCGUAAGUUGUAACACUUCUGAGUGUCAUCACCACAACAUGGCUGCAACAGCUGCAGGCAUAGCUUCCUUGUUUUCUUCUUCCAUCAACACUGUCAAAUGUCUUCGUUCCAAGAACUGCUCCAUCAUCGAUCCCCUCAUGACUACAGUGCCCUCAAACCGCAUGUUUGUUGCUUCUGUGCCACACUUGGAACCUUUGUCCAUUGGGGGUGCGGUUUCACACAAGUUGUGGGGGCCUAGAAUUUCUGCUGCUGUUGCACAAGAAGAGGUUGUUGUGGCUGAUGAUGCUGGUUUAGAUGAAGAAGAAGUGGAAGAGAAUGGAGGAGAAGGGGUGGCAGAACAAGACUCUGAAUCCUCUGCUGCCACCAAGCUUUAUUUUGGGAAUUUGCCUUAUAGUGUUGAUAGUGCAACACUUGCAGGGCUAAUUCAGGACUAUGGUAGUGCAGAACUAAUUGAGGUUCUUUACGACAGAGAAACUGGAAAAAGUAGAGGCUUUGCAUUUGUGACUAUGAGUUGCAUUGAAGAUUGUAAUACAGUAAUAGAAAAUCUUGAUGGAAAAGAGUUCCUGGGCAGAACUUUGAGGGUGAACUUCUCUAACAAGCCAAAACCAAAAGAGCCCUUGUACCCUGAAACUGAAAACAAGCUUUUUGUUGGGAACCUUUCAUGGACUGUAACUAAUGAGAGUUUGACACAAGCCUUUCAAGAAUAUGGAAAUGUGGUUGGAGCUAGAGUCUUGUAUGAUGGAGAAACUGGAAGGUCGCGUGGCUAUGGCUUCGUUUGCUAUUCAACAAAAGAAGAGAUGGAAUCUGCCCUUGCAGCCUUGAAUGAUGUGGAACUAGAAGGACGGGCUAUGCGUGUAAGCUUGGCUCAAGGAAAACGUGCACAAGGUUAAUAGAAACUUCGGAAGGCUCUGAAAUGUUCAACAAUGGUGCCUUAGAAAUGAGAAGGGGAUGCUAGUGGACCUAUCAUGAUGCACCUGCUGCAAUUUGCUGAGGAAUUCUUUUUCAUUUCUUGUGGUGUAUAAAUUAUUUACUCCCCAUUUUCGAAAGAUCUGCUGACCCGAAUGUUGUUGUAUUUUGUGUUUAACAUUUUUGCUAAUGCUAAUGUUAGCCUACAUAUUGCUUCCUUCUUGGGUCACGUCACACGAGUCAUACAUUGAAUCAAUCACAUGCUCUAUUCUAUGUAA